AUGAUGAUUGAUUAUGCACACUUUCAGCAAUAUAAUAAUUUUGUUAGUCAAUUAAAUGAAGUUAAUAUGCUGAGAUUAAAAUGGUUAGAAAUAUUUAAACAAGGUGAUGGUGCAGUAACAGCCCUGUGGUGGCGGUUACAAUUUUUGAAAACAAAGUUGUUUGCAACCAUCCUUGAAAAAACAGAUAGUUUGGAAAGAGGUAUUAAAAUUGUUGAUGCUAUACUUUUUGAAUUGGUUGGUACGAAUAGUUUACAAAGUGUCAUAAUAUGUCAUAUGGUUAUCGAAAGAGAAAUAAGUAUGAUCUUCACCAAACACUCCGAUUUAAAAGAAUGGACAUAA